AUUUCAUUACUCUUUCGCGUUCGCGUGCUUUUUACGGAUGCAUUCGGGAAAUUCGGAAUGUUUUUCGUAGAAAAUUAAUUCUGGAAAUCAGGAAAGUGGCAAGAUUUAAGUGAAAACGUGAAAGUUCGAUGCGAAAAUCUGCGACUGAAAAGGAUUAUUGAUUUUUUUGACUGAGAUACUCCGGUUCGAUUAGUUUCAAAUUCCUUUUCAUCUUAGCGCCAUGGCAGUUGAAACUGAAGGUGAUGUACAGAAUCAGCAGCGUCGUCACAAGAUUCCGGUUCCCACUAACUACCGGACGGCGUCGAAAAUCCUGCGGCGUGUAGUGGAGGAGCGAUGCAACGUCAAAUCUCUUAUCCUCGAGGAUAAGCACCUCCGGAAAGGCAAAGGCCUUGCCAUGAUGGAUUUGAUCCUUGUACAUUUAAAACCGAUCGAUGAACUGCUUAAGCGAACCGACCUACUGACAAAGGAGCCCCGCCUGAAUCCGUGGCUGGCUAAAGUCUUGAUAGCGGAAUUGCUAUUCGGUCGGGGAGAGUUGAAUGGCGAGUCGCUUCCGGUUCAGUGCAUCAAGCGAUACAAGGAUGAACUGCAGCAAGCACUCGGCGAGCUGGAUCUAGCUCCGGCUAAACUGUUGGGUUUCAAAGAACCUCGCUACGUUCGCAUCAAUACAAAUGUGUUGGCUCAGCCGGGUGCCAUUAGACUGCUGCAGGAUGAAGGAUGGGUGUUGUUGGACGAGGAAUUCGAAAAGUAUGCCGAUUUCCUGGAGCGUGUGAAGAAUCUGGGCGAAUCGGAAUUUCUCGUUGAUUUUCACUUCAAAGAAGUGCUGAUAUUCCCCAACAGUGCCAAGAAUUAUUGGGCACGUGCCACGGAACUGAAACAGAAGUUCAUUCUGCAAAACAAGGCUUGUGUCCUUGCAACCUACUUGCUGAACCCACCGAAGAAGAGUGUGGUGCUGGAUAUGUGCGCAGCACCUGGACUAAAAACCACUCACUUGGCCAAUCUGAUGAAGAACAAGGGUCGUAUUUACGCUGUCGAACGGGACGCCACUCGGUACAAGAUUCUGUGCGAUUAUGCGGCUGAUUUCGGUGUUAUCAAGACUAUCAACGACGAUUGUUUGUUGGUGGGUGACGAGCAGGCACCGGGUGUCGAGUACAUCUUACUGGAUCCCAGCUGUUCCGGUUCGGGAAUGGUGAGCCGGUUGAAGCUGAACGAAGAGUAUGACAAGCAACGGCUGUACCGGCUAGGCGGCCUGCAGUACAAGUUACUGUGCCACGCGAUGAAUGCUUUUCCAGCUGCGAAACGUAUCGUCUACUCGACGUGUUCCAUUUUUCCGGAGGAAAAUGAGGUUAUCGUACAGGGAGCUCUUAAGCAUAACGGCCACUUCAAGCUGAUGGAUGCCAAGGAAUUACUGGGCAAAGAAUGGUUGAAUUUCGGAUCGCCAGAUUAUCCGGGAAUUGGGGAAAAGUGCCUGUAUGCAAGAUCGGAGACUGAUCUAACCAUCGGAAUGUUUGUUGCCGUUUUCGAACGCUGCGCAGAAGAUGAGUACAAUGACGUGUACUUGGCUCACGAAAAGCAAAAGGAAAGCUACGAUAAGCUCUCUAAGAUGGGUCACGGAGAUUAUGGCCGUGGGAAACAGGAGAAGGGGAAAAAGAGGAAAAAGUAUCAGUCUAACGACGAGGAGCAAGAUUUGGUUCAGGAAGAAAGUAAUGUUCAUUCAGAUCCCGUUCCGGAGAUAGUAACAGAAGUAGCUGGCGACGUGGAAGAUCCUCCAAAGAAAAAGAAGAAGAAGUCGAAGCAUAUCGAAGUUGAACCAGAAGAACAACCUGCUGAACAACCUGCUGAACAACUUGCUGAACAACUUGCUGAACAAGUGGAAGCAAUAGAAGUUGUUGACACCGAAGGUACAAAAAAGAAGAAGAAAAAGAAAUCAAAGGAAGUGGCAGAGGAUAAAGAGCUUACAUGUGAGGAAGCUAGUCCGGUGGAAGAAAAUGGGCCGAGUAAGAAAAAAAAGAAACGAAAGCAUAAAGAUGCAGAGGAAGCGACUGCUGCAGAAUCGCAAGAGCAGGUAGAGAACGUCGAGCAGGAUGUUGUAGAGGUUUCCAAGAAGAAGAAGAAAAAGAAGAAGAGGGAGGAGCAAGCAGAAAAAGAGUAA